UCUUCUCUAGCUUGUCCUUUCAAUUUCAACAAGACGAGAAAUGGAGGGAACAAGACAGAAUACCAAAGCAGAAAGCACGUGGCAGGUGAUGACUUCUGCACAAGAGAAAGAUACCGCUACUGUUGAUUGGAGAGGCAGAGCUUCUAAUCCCAACAAGCAUGGGGGCAUGAGAGCUGCUCUGUUUGUUCUAGGGCUUCAAGCAUUUGAGAUAAUGGCCAUUGCUGCAGUAGGAAACAACCUCAUAACGUAUGUCAUAAAUGAGAUGCACUACUCCUUGUCAAAGUCAGCAAAUAUAGUCACUAACUUUGUUGGGACUAUCUUCCUUUUGGCCCUUUUCGGUGGCUACCUUUCCGACUCUUUUCUUGGGAGUUUCUGGACCAUGCUUAUCUUUGGCUUUAUCGAGCUUUCGGGUUUCAUAUUACUAUCAGUCCAAGCCCAUAUUCCCCAGCUCAAGCCACCCAAGUGCAAUAUGCUCUCUGAUGCCAGCCACUGCAUAGAAGCGAAGGGUUUCAAGGCCUUAAUAUUCUUUCUGGCACUCUACCUGGUGGCAUUGGGUAGUGGCUGUGUUAAACCCAACAUGAUUGCUCAUGGGGCUGACCAGUUCAGCCAAACCAAUCCCAGCCAAUCCAAGAAACUUUCUACCUACUUCAAUGCUGCCUACUUUGCCUUCUCUGUUGGUGAACUUGUAGCUCUUACUCUUCUUGUAUGGAUCCAGACCCAUGCUGGGAUGGACGUUGGGUUUGGAGUUUCUGCCGCAGCCAUGGCCAUGGGAUUGAUCUGCUUGGUUCCUGGGACCCUCUAUUACAGGAACAAGCCACCUCAAGGAAGCAUCUUGACCCCUAUUGCUCAAGUAUUUGUGGCUGCCAUAUUAAAGAGGAAGCAAAUUUGUCCUUCUAAUCCACAGAUGCUUCACGGAAGUGAAAAUACAUCAAAUUUACUUCACACCAAAAGAUUCAGUUUCUUGGACAAGGCCUGCAUCAAGAUUGGAGAUGGCAGUGAUACAGAGGAAAGUCCAUGGAGAUUGUGCACAGUCACCCAAGUUGAGCAAGUGAAGAUAUUGAUCUCAGUCAUCCCAAUUUUUGCUUGUACCAUUGUUUUCAAUACUAUCUUGGCUCAACUUCAAACAUUCUCAGUCCAACAAGGAAGUGCCACGGACACUAAACUCACCAAAUCCUUUCAUAUCCCUCCUGCUUCCCUCCAAUCCAUCCCUUACAUUAUGCUCAUUUUGGUAGUCCCUCUGUAUGAUAAAUUGUUUGUUCCAUUUGCAAGAAAGAUGACAGGUCAAGAAUCUGGAAUUUCCCCUUUGCAACGGAUAGGGUUAGGGCUGUUUGUGGCAACAAUUUCCAUGAUUUCUGCAGCCCUUAUGGAGAAGAAGAGAAGGGAUGCAGCUGUGGAUUCGGGUAAAAUAGUGUCCAUCUUUUGGCUCACACCCCAGUUCUUAAUCUUCGGAUUAUCAGAGAUGCUUACAGCGGUUGGCCUGAUUGAGUUCUUCUACAAACAGUCAAAGUCACUGAAAGGGAUGCAAGCUUUUCUAACAGCCAUAACUUACUGCUCAUAUUCAUUUGGGUUCUACUUGAGCUCUGUCCUUGUUUCCCUAGUGAAUAAGAUGACUUCAUCAUCAAAUGGCGGUUGGCUUAGCAACAAUGAUCUCAACAAGGACAGGCUAGAUCUUUUCUACUGGUUGCUAGCAGCACUUAGCUUCCUUAACUUCCUAAACUAUCUGUUUUGGGCAAGAUGGUAUUCAUUCCUUCCAAAGACAGCAGCUGAUCAGGAGGAGCAUGAGACCAAUAUACCUUAAUUAUAAUUAAUGGCCAUGGGUCGAUAUAUAUAAUAAUAAAAAAAAAAUUUCCAACAUAUCAUGCAUCUUUUUAAGCAAGGCAAAUAUAUAGAUACAUAUAUUUUGUAAACAAUUGCUGGGUAGAGAGAUAUAGAGAAUUGAUGAGUCAUAUAUAUAUAUAUAUGUAAAUUAUUAAUGAAUUUCUGCCUUAUUU